UCUCUAAUUCCCCAUUGAAUAACCAUGGCCUUCGUCAAGGUGAACAAGAGCAAGGCUUACUUCAAGCGCUACCAGACCAAGUACCGCCGCCGCCGCGAGGGCAAGACGGACUACCGCGCCCGCAAGCGCCUGAUCACGCAGGACAAGAACAAGUACAACUCGCCCAAGUACCGCCUUGUCGUGCGCAUCACCAACAAGCGCGUCAUCUGCCAGAUCGCGUACGCCGAGAUUGACGGCGACAAGAUCCUCGCCUCGGCGUACUCGGAUGAGCUCAAGCGCUACGGCCUCAAGUGCGGCUUCAAGAACUACCCGGCUGCCUACUGCACGGGUCUCCUUGUCGGCCGCCGCUUGUUGAACAAGCUUGGCCUUGACGGUGACUACGAGGGCAACACGGAGGUUGAUGGCGAAGUCGUCAAGACGGAAGCCAACGGCCGCACGUACUACGUCGCCGAAGUCGCCGACGAGAAGCGCCCCUUCCGCGCCUUCCUCGACGUCGGCCUCCGCUCGACCUCGACGGGUAACCGUGUCUUCGGUGCCCUCAAGGGUGCCACCGAUGCCGGCCUCGACAUCCCGCACUCGGAGAAGCGCUUCCCCGGCUACGACCGCGACGCCAAGUCGUACGACGCUGAGGUCCACAAGGAGCGCAUUUUCGGCGACCACAUCUCGAACCACAUGAAGGAGCUCGAGGAAGAUGACCCGGAGAUGUACCAGAAGCACUUCGCCGACUACAUCAAGGCUGGCAUCACGUCGGACGACAUGGAGGACUUGUACGCUUCGGUGCACGAGGCCAUCCGCGAGGACCCCACGCCGGCCGAGAAGAAGCCCUUCAAGGCGGACCCCAAGUACAAGAAGCAGGCCAAGCGCUCGCUCUCGCAGUUCAAGGCCCGUGUCGCCCAGAAGAAGGCCCACGCUGCCAAGAACUAAAUGUCUCUUGUCGACAUGUAAGAGAAACCAAUGGGGAAUCUACUUUUUUGACUC